AUGGAGCGCGGCAAAAGUAGCUUGCAAGGAGUUGGAGUUCCUAGCUUGCAAGGAGUUGGAGUUCCUAGCGGAGUUGUAGAUCAAGGAGUGAGUCAAGGAGCAGCUGCUGGUACUGCACUCCCUCCACUUCGAAAAAGGAAACUUAAUGCUAGUGGUAGUAGAAAAACUUCUAUGGUUUGGGAAGAGUUUAACAUUUUACCGGAUGAGCCUGAACCUAUAGCCGCGUGUAAACACUGUCAUAAAAGGUACCGAUGUGACCCUAAAACACAUGGUACUUCUAACAUGCUAGCUCACUCGAAAGUGUGUUACAAAAACCCUGCCCUUUUGUUGAAAGACCCCAAUCAGACAAACCUUGUAAGCGGCGAGGGUGGGUUUUUAGUUCCAACUAGUCAAAGGUUUAAUGUUGCAGCCUGUAGGAAGGCCAUUAAUACCUUUGUUAUCCUUGAUGAACAUUCCUUUAGAGUGGUUGAGGGUGUUGGUUUUAAGCAAAUGUGUAAACAAUUGCAACCCCAAAUGGCUAUCCCUACUAGGAGGACCGUUGCUAGGGAUUGUUUUCAGCUUUACCUAGCUGAAAAGUCACGUCUUAAAGCCUUUUUUAAAUCUGAUUGUACUAGGGUUGCACUAACCACAGACUGUUGGACUUCGAUACAAAACCUUAGUUAUAUGGCCACCACUGCACACUUCAUUGACACUGCUUGGAAGUACCAAAAAAAAAUUAUUAGUUUCUCUUUAGUUCCAAAUCACAAAGGUGAUACCAUUGGCAUGAAAGUCGAGGACGUUUUGAGGGAAUGGGGGCUUAGGAAAGUGUCUACAAUUACCCUGGAUAACGCAACAGCAAAUGAUGUGGUUGUGAGUUAUUUGGAUAGAAGACUUAAGAGCAAGAAUGCUUUACUGGGUGUAGGUGAUUAUUUGCAUAUGAGGUGUGCUGCCCAUGUCUUGAACUUGGUAGUGAGAGAUGGUGAAAAAGAACAUGAAGGGUCUAUUGAAUCAGUUCGCACUGCUGUUAGGUUUGUAAGGUCUUCUCCACAAAGAGCUAUGAAGUUUAAGGAGUGUGUUGAACUUGCGGGCAUAACUUGUAAAAAAAAACUUUGUCUUGAUGUUUCUACAAGGUGGAAUUCCACUUACCUAAUGUUGGAUGCUGCUGAAAAGUUUGAAGCUGCAUUUGACAAUAUGAUUGAUGAGGAUCCUGGAUACAUCGAAUAUUUUGACCUCCUUACCGGUCCACCCGGUUCUCAGGAUUGGAAAAAAGUUAGGGCUUUUGUGGUUUUCUUACAAACCUUCUAUGAGGCAACCAAAGUGUUUUCAACUUCGCAAGAAGUGUCCUUGCAUUUAGCUUUUCAUAACUUGUCUUCAAUUUUGUGUGAGCUUCAAGAAGCUUCAUUUAACUUGAAUUCUUAUGUGGCUCCAAUGAUUUCACAUAUGAAGGUUAAAUAUGAUAAGUAUUGGGGGGAUGUGGGAAAAGUGAAUCAUUUUCUUUACUAUGGAGUGAUCUUUGAUCCUAGGUUUAAGUUUAACUAUAUUGAGUGGUCUUUUAAUGAUAUGUAUGGGCAUUCUAGUGACCUUGCCAAGAAAAAUAUUGAAUGUGUCAAAACUAGUUUGUUUAAACUAUAUAAUUGGCAUAAAUCUGAUCAUGAUAAGAAUGUUGGGGCUAGUCCUUUAAGUGCACCAGGGAGCACUUCCCUUGGAGAAGCAUCUUCCCAACCAAAAGAACCAUCACCUUUUACAAGGGCUAAUGCUUUUAAGAAACAUCUGAAGGAAAAAGACACAAUUGAAAAUGAAAAUGAACUAGAGAAGUACUUAGGUAACCCUUGUUGCGGGGAGGGGGAAAAUUUUAGUAUUCUUAAUUGGUGGAAGGAAAAUUGCACCCGUUAUCCUAUAUUAGCAACCUUGGUUCGGGAUGUGUUGGCAACACCUGUUUCUAGUGUAGCCUCAGAAAGUGCUUUUAGCACGGGGGGGAGGAUUUUAAAUAUCUAUAGGAGCUCUUUGAGUCCAGAUAUGGUCGAAGCGCUUAUAUGUACUCAAAACUGGUUGAAGCCUUCUGACAAUGAUCUAAAUGUCCUUAAUAUGACUGAAGAAUAUGAGAUUAGUGAAUCAAUUGUUUCAGAGUUUCAAGUAGCUACUGGUGGAGCAGCUGCUCCUACACAGGCUGGGCCUGUUUAAUUCUCGCCUAGCUGUGAAUUUUUGAAUAUUUUGGAGUCACUUUGUGAUUCAAUAAGACAAGCCUUUCUUUUUUGGAGUCAUUUUUUGAAACUAAGGAUGGAACCGUUUCAGUAGCUACUGCGUUUGCUGGUCAUCAGGAAGAUUGUUGUUAUUUCAUAUUGCUGUUGUUAUGAGAAUCAUGACUCAGAAACUUUUUGGGCAGACUUUUUGGGCAGCCACUGCUGCUAGUUUCAUAACAAUUCAGUGUUCGAAAUGUUACAUUUUUUUGACUUGGGGAUUAACAAAUCUAUAUUCAUUAAGCCCAAGACAUUUCACCUUACAGUACUAAUGCUUAAGCUGUGGAAUAAAGACAGAGUGGGGCAUAUCAAGAGGAGACUGAAUAGCUCAAGCUUCUUGCUGAAUGGAAGAGAAAGAAAGGUGGAUUCAGAGCUACCAUGUUUGUUUUUGGAAACUUGGUGGCGGCUCAAGUUGCGACAGAAAUCGGUUGGAGCGAGUUUGCGAUUUCAAUGUUUUCACUAGGAAUGGUACAUUAUUUGCAGGUCAGGACUGUUCAAGAAAACUAUAAAAAGAAAGCUGCAAUAAAGAAGAUGGACAUGAAAGCAUCAAAAGAAUUUUUUGCCGAGCUUAAGGUGUUAACGCGUGUUCAUCACUUGAACUUGGUAAGGUUGAUUGGAUAUUGCAUUGAAGGUUGAUUGGAUAUUGCAUUGCCGGAAUGGACUUGUCUCUUACAAUAUUGAAAAAUGCACACACUGCUAGAGAACUAAAAUGCACGCCAAAAUUGGACUAUACUUUUGAAUUAGUAACUCCUGCAACUGCACAGCCUUGGUUUUUCACAAGUCUCACCGAUGUAUUGGACGUUGAUUCACAUGUAAUCUUUUCCAUCGAUCUUUUGUAUUUACUUUAAUCCACUUAAUCUAUU